AUGUCUCUAUGGCUCAUACUUGCUACAAGCUCCUUUCCAUUACACAUGAUAUGGAACUCGGUUGUUCUUGAAACCCACCAGGCCAAUGCUUAUGUGGCCAUCACAAUAACCGAUAACUUCACCGAAGGAGCAGAUUGGACUAUUCCACCAUUCGCCACUUACACUGGAGGCCCUCAGCUUACGGUCUCGCAUGAUGGGGUGGAACGCCUUCAGCAACAGGCACAAAAUAAAAGUCUCGAGUGGCUCAGUGCCGAGUCAUGCAUCAAGAAAUAUAGCGAAGAUUUGACUUACGAAUAUGGCGAUGUACUUAUUGUCGUCAACACAUCCACUUAUGUCCCUAGCGAUCCAACAUAG